AGGGCGCCCGCGGUCUGCGCGCCCGGGAGGGGAGCUGGGGCCGAGCCGGGCGGCGGCGGAGAGGGCGAGUCUGAUUCAGGAAGUUGUGUCUCUGACAUCAGGGGCAGGACGGAGUUGGAGUGAAACCUCAAAAAUGCGAGGCGUCGGCCGGCGGGAGGGCCGAGAGCGCAGAGGGUGCCCUCCUGCAGGCGAGCGGCAGCUGCUAAUAGUGGCAUGUCCACACCCAAAGCUGGAAGAGGAAUAAGUUACAAGUGGACAAGCCUGCAUCCUCUUGAACCCAGGACUCGCUAGUGAGCUGAGAGUUUCCCCAGUCUAGCCAAGCACCAUGGAGAAAAUUAGCUCCUUCUUCAAUAUCAUUUGGGACACCAUCUUGACCAAACACCAAGAGGGCCUCUUCAACACCAUCUGCCUGGGCAUCCUCUUGGGGCUGCCACUACUAGUGGUCAUCACGUUCCUCUUCAUCUGUUGCCAUUGCUGCUGGAGCCGGCCAGGCAAGAGUGGCCAACAGCCGCAGCAAAAUAAGGGGAAGAAGAGGAGGAAGAAGAAGAAGAAGGCUGAAGAAGAUCUCUGGAUCUCUGCACAGCCCAAGCUUCUCCAGAUGGAAAAGAGGCCAUCACUACCUGUCUAGUUAGGCAGGAAGCAGAGGCGUCCUCCCUCAGGGGCUAAGCCACCUUCCAACUAUACACAGAGGAACUAACCAAGGAACAAAUCUCAGGCUAAAUGCCCCCACGGAGGACAGCCCAGGAAGAACAUGGACAAUUCUUGGGUACUGUCAUGGCAGCUAUGUGUCCAAUAGCAAUGCUCUUUGCCACAGACUCAGGCAUGUUUUCUACCUAUCUCUAGCAAGCUCCCUAUGCAAAAGCACAAGGAACAGUUGUCCAUAUAUCUUGACAUGUCUUCCAAAUACACACACAUGCACACCAUGCACGCAUAAGCACCCACAUACACACACGCAUGCAAAAUCAGGCAACAGGUACCUAAGCAAAUAUAUUUUGUUCAUUAAAUGGUCAUUGAAUAUCUACUUUGUGCCAGUACAUUAUAUGCACUCCCCAAAAACGUCUCCAUGUCUCCAGGAAGGCCUGGCCACAUUCAGGCGCAUAUGCACAAUUAUAUAAUCAGGCAAGGUACCUAUGCACUGUCUACCAUAUACCACUCAGGUUAGAGAUACGUGCUUUCCUGUUCCUAUUCCUACAUAACCUUUUACUGGAAAUCCUCAUAUUUGGACAUUCCAGCAACCUGGUACAGUUCCCAUCCUGGUAUAUUGAUACAGCCACAUCUGUAUUUCUCAUCUGGGAAUUCCUGUGUUUCUCAUCUGGGAGGAAAAGUUUUAAGUGAGAACCAUCAAAAUUCAUCAAAAGCUAUUAUCUUGCAGCUCAUGACAAGAUCCCCAUUUCCACUGAUAAGUAUCUAAUGUUGUCUAAGACCUCUCUUUGAGAUGCUACCCCCACCCCAGAACCACUCAACAAGGUGCCCUUCUCCAAGCACAAACAGCUGUUGGUUGUGACUUCUAGAAUGUUCUGGAAACCAGGCAUACUCUAUUCACUUUGGCAAAACAGUUGGACCUGUGCAAUGUAUGUUUUACAGAUGGGAAAAGGAUGCUACACCUGAGCUAGGGAUCUCCUAUGUAACCAAAAAAGCUUUUCACUGUGGAAGGAAUUAAGGCAAUUUCUCGAAUAGUCUCACAGAAGGUACACUGGAAACACUUUUGUAAGGUUGCAAUGGAUGCAUGGUAUGUUGCAGAUGGGUUGCAGAAGCUAUGGAGUUUAAAUGAAAGUAGAGUGAAGCUAUAUAGAAGUUAAUUCAUAUUUAUCUUGAAGCUCAGGCAAGUGCCUUGCACACAGUAGGUACUCAGAACUGUCUGUGGAUGCUGUUGGAUAGGCAAUGAUGUCAACGGUAAACGUGUAAUACCUCGCCAAUCCCCCCAAGUGCCCUUCUUUUCUGAGCCCACUAAUUGCUGCAGUGGAUGGAAGGUGGGUAUUGAAUGCUACCCAGAGGCUGCGUGCAGAAGCAACAGUCAGGUUGGCGCGGGGGCCCUGAGAUCCAUGAUGACAGGUACACUAGGUCUGCAGGGAGUUGAGGAGAGUGUCUCCCCAGUAGGCUGAGGUGGGGAGGCCAAGUUAAUCCACUUAUAUGAUGAAUUGGUUGGUAUUUUGAUUGUAUUGUGACCAUAUUACAAAGAUGGAGAAUUCCUAAAUUGGGAGCAGAUUGUGCCCUGAAAGGUCAUUUGCAAAUCUGCUGGGUAACUCUCUGGAAAUAUUUCCCCACGAAAGCUGUUCUAGGUGGCAGUAAAAUUGCAAUUUAAUUAACAGUGUAGCUAAACUUUGAUAGCUAUAGUAGCAAAAAAUGAAAUUCUGCAAGAUUGUGUCCAUGGAAAAAUGUUCUCUGCUCACUGGGCUGCCUGGUGCUCACCUGCCCUCCAGGUAUGCUCUAAGCCUGAGGAGGGCAGCUGUCUGGUAAUGACUGCAGCACCAAGGUUUUCUAACAGGUGACCCUGUGAGUCAUAAUUCAGGCCUUCACAUAUUUUAGAACGAGUCACAUCUACCUUCUCACAUCAAGUGGCCCCAAGUGCCCUGGGCACUCAGACUCCCUACUUGUAAACCCCUUUAACCAGAGAAAGAAGCACUUUCUGAUUCUCUGUCCCCUUGUACGUGGACAGCCUGUCAUGGAGCAUCUAGCCAUCCCCUUCCCAUCACAGGAUGACUGCUCAUCACCCACACCACAUGCACGUGCCUCCCCACACCUGCCUCUGCCUGCUGAGAUGAGCUGCCCCUCCAGUCUCCAACUCUCAAGCCCCCUCAAAUGGAUGAGUUGAGGGAGACGCAGAGCUGAUGGCUGAGACUGGGUGUCAGAUGUGAUCUAGGAGAGAGGAUCACUCCGAUUGGGGACCACACAAGUAACAUGGUUGCCAUGGCAACCGGCUGCUAGUUUGAAUUAAGACGGCAGUCAGUUGUCAUUGCCAUGACAAGACCUCCGUCUCCAAGUGCCUUGCCCUGCUGUCUCCUAAUCAAAUGGAUUUGAACUACCUCCAGGCAUGAAACACCCAGAAACUCACUUCUCCAUUGCUUCCACGGUCUAGGACUCAGGAGACCCAGAUGCUGAGUGAAGCUUAUGUUUUCUCUGCCCCAACCUCCUCCACCAGGGUUUCCCCAACACUGCCCAGUGUGCCGUUGGCCCCCAAACUUAUGUUGAAUAAAUGAGUCCAUGAAAGGACCCCAAGGCCAUCAUUUGGAUCUAUUCCCUGUUCUUCCCACUCAUCCUUGUCUUUCUCCCCCAUGUUUUCUUUUUAUUCCUGCUUGUCCCCACAGCCCCAUCCCAGGGCCAGCCCUUUCUUUAUUCCUCUUCACUAUUACUCCUUCUCCCCAGCCUCUGCCCCAGAACUGCCACUGGCAGCCAGGGGUGCCUCAGGACCGGAGCCUGCUUGGCCCAUCUUGCAGAGUUUAAGCUAAUGGAGGACAAAAAGAACGAUAAAGAAGAGGCUUCCUAAACCAGCCUAGGCUUGGGGAGGAACCCCCAGGCCAAGAUCUGAACAGAUCCAGUCAAGCUCAGCCACCAUUAGAGGAGGACUUCUCCCCACUGCUCAUUGUAUUUGCUUUUUUAGUUCUUGGGGAAAGGAGGUGGGGGUGGGGUGGGGUAUGUAGAAAAGAGGCAGUCAUCUUUUCUAGAAGAGUAUAAAUGGUCCAUGCUGUAUAGUAUUUGUCAGUAUUUUUUUUUCUGGAAGAUUCAAACACAUGCAAAAGAAAAAUCUAUUUAAAUAAAAUACUUUGAAAAUAAAAA